UGUCUAUAGGAAUCAAAACAUUACUACAAAUACUGAAUUGUAUUGCAAUACACGUAUAGAUGUAUGCAAUCACUCCAUCUAUGGGUCACUUCACUGCACGGCACACAACAGUCACGUGAUUCACAGCACACUCACACACACACCACCACCACUGCGAUCACCACAACUGGUCCAACACCGCCCACUCGGACACACAAUGGGCGACAAUACCAGUGACACGACUGACAUGAGUGACCAGAAGGUCAUUCUGUUCAGCGAACUCAGGGAUGCCCUCAUAGGCGACAAGAGGAGAGUGCGGGACAACAUGUAUGUGCCGAUGAUAUUAGGCGGACAGGCCUUCAAGACUAAGGAGGAGCUGAUGAUCGAGAGGGCGGUCGAGAGCUGUGCCUUCAAGACGGGCUUG